AUGCUGAAAAACAGCAAAGCGGCUGAGCUAGAAGCGAAAAAGAAGAUUCUGGAGCGCAAUAAGCAUUUGCAAGAACUGUAUAAGCAUUUGGUUGCAUCGAAGCUCAUUUCGGCACAGGAUUUUUGGAGCGAAUAUUAUCAAACAAAGGACGGAUCGGACACUGACAAAUUAGGCGUUUCCAGUGGAUUCCUGAGUAGUAUCGCUCAAUCGGAGGGCACUAAUGGAGUGAAGCUAAACCUUAGUAUUGAUACCAUUCAAAGUAUAUUCAGAACAUAUCCUGCCGUGGAAAGAAAGCACUUGGAAUUGGUACCGCACGAAAUGACCGAACAAGAAUUUUGGGCGAAAUUUUUCCAGUCCCAUUAUUUUCAUCGCGAACGAGAAGCAGCUUCCAGUUCAUCGGAUCCAUUCUCGGAUUGUGUAAGAGCAGAUGAUGCUGAGAUGCGAAAAUUGCUAAGCUCAAAGAUUGCGCACAAAAUUCUCGACUUCUCAUACAUUCAGGACGACAGCUUCGUUAACGAUAUAACGUCAACGCUCUCGUGUCAACCAUCGUCAAGUAAGGAUUUGUUGGUGAAGAGAUUCAAUUAUCACUCAGAACGGGUUUUGCUUACCACUGCAGAGAAUAAGGCAAUUCCUGAUGCCGAUUUGGAAGAACCAUCAAAUGCAGGAAAUGUAAAAAACGUUGAAGCAAAAGUAAGAGAAGAGGGCGAAGAUGAAAUAAUGCUGGAAAGUGAGGAGUUGAGGUUUGACAAGCAUGAGGAGCAGGUAGACUCAAUUUCGUUUGCCCUGGGUGAUGUUAUCAGGCCAGCGAAACGUUAUAGCGAUGAAAAAGCGCAAGCUUAUCGAGAUUCAGUACUGAGGAUAUGUGAAACCAUGCAAAGCGAUGAAGAUUUUGAUGAUCGCAUGGAGUUCGAUGAUGACUACGAGGAUUUGUUGAGGUUAGCUACAGCCGGCAAAGAGUUCGAAUCGGAAAAAGACAGCACGGCACAACUUCAAGCAAACGAAAUGGUUGACUUGCAAGCUAUGCAUGAUUCUGUAGCUGAACUGUUGAAGCAUUUCUGGAUGUGUUUUCCUCCGACAACUCCUGAAAUGGAAGAAAAGCUCAAAAGAAUGAGUGUUACGCUGCGUACUUUCGAAGAAAAUAAACUUGCUCCGGCAGAAGGACGCUUUGGGGAGCAAAAUGUAGGUGAACAGGUUUCUUCAAAAUACGGCAAAGAACUUUUAGGCGAUUAA